UUAAGUAUAAAUUACAUAAAAUGGUACGAAGUUAACUCAUAAUAUUUGAAAACAAACGUAAAAUCUGACAUAUUUCCCCCAAUUACAUAUCCGAAAACCAUAAAUUGAUCUGUACGAUGGCGUCGCCGAAUUCACAAACCGUUCCCAUACCAAAGGCAAGUUCCGUGAUCUUGGCGGGACUUGGAGUGGCUGCUGUGGGAUUCGCCGGCAAGCACCUGCUGCGCCGCAUGCCCCAGAUGACCACCAAGUUCAACGAGGCGCUCAAAAACUUGCCCAAGUUCGACGCUGAAAGCAUGGCGGCGUCCAAGUACUACAAGGGAGGCUUCGAUCCAAAGAUGAACAAAAGGGAAGCGGCCCUCAUUCUGGGCGUUAGUCCAAGUGCUUCCAAGUUGAAGAUCAAGGACGCUCAUAAAAAGAUCAUGUUGCUAAACCAUCCGGAUCGAGGGGGUUCGCCUUAUUUAGCGGCCAAAAUCAACGAAGCCAAGGACUUUUUGGAUAAUGCUAAAUAAAGUCGCAUAUCCCGCCUUCGAGUGUAAAUAAACUAGUUGUGGUUAGCACGUAAGCGUA